AUGCUGCAGCGCUUCUCGAACGUGUCCGAACGGCACAACGCACGGGGGAUGUCUCCACCGCAUGUCGCCUCAACCCCACCGCCCUCUCCCCCUCACGCAUUUGACGGCACCGGGGGCGCGGAGCGUGCGAUGCACAUGUCACCGGCACAACAAAGCGGUUGCGCUGCCGUAUCGCUGGAGCGCGUCCGCGUAUCCGUGCCGCCUGUAUGCGCCACGGACAAUGCAGCAAGCGUCCCCAGCCCUGCACGGGCAUCCGCGUCAAGCCAAUCCGUCCGAAGCUUUUCUCCAACCUUGUUGUCCCAGCUACUUCUGGCCGAAGCAGCGCGCGCAGAAGCAGCAGCAGCAUUGGCCGGUGAACAGCAACAAUGUCACGAUAGCGCUGAGGUUGGCAGCUGCGCAAGCGUGGCGCCGUUCUGCGCGCCGACACCUUCGCAAGACUCGCAGCUGCCAACACAGAUGACUGCCACGGAGACAACUCGAUUACACCGUCCCCACCGUGACUCGGGGGCGGCAUCCUUGCACGAGCAGCUGCCAGAAUCACCGUCGUCUUUGGCAGCGGCUCCGUCGAGGCUGCCCAUGGACUACCUCGCCGUGUCCAUCGGUGUCGUGCCCCUUCCAGGCUUGGAGACGCCGCACGGGAGUGCCGCCCCGCGCAAGAGGAGCCGGUGGUGGUCCUGGAGUCUCACCGCCCCAACGGUGACCCCAAAUGCCGCCACCAGCGUCGUCGGUGAAGCAGCCUGCGAUAAGGGUAGCCGCAUCAACAAGGCCAAUGGUAAUGCUGCGGAAGCGGGCUGGCUCACCGACCGUGGCGACUCGACGGCCUCUGUGCACCAGCUCCGCCCGCUGCGUCUCUGCACAGGUGGCCAGCAGCACACGGCCGUCGCCGCGGUCGGCCGCAGCUCCACUUCGCCCACCCUCAAACAGUCCACCGGAGUGACAGCGACGGUGGCGGCCGGCAAUGUCGUCUCGAUCGAGCCCAGCAGUCGCACCAUGGAUGUGCUGGGGUGGUCUGGUGUGUUCGCGGAUGUGCCGCUCACCCUCCCUGGUGCGCAGCUCACGAACCGCCCAGGGGCAACGGGUGUUGUCAUGAACGGGCGCAAAGGCGUCCACGCUCGUGGUGGUGACUGUGACGGGGGCUCGCCGUCGGAGGCACUGUUCUGCAGCGGUGCCGCCUCCAUCUCCGUCAUUCUGGCGUGA